CUAGACUUUUAAUUUGUACACAUGAAAUUUUCUCUCUAGUACUUAUUACUCAAAACGUAAACGAUUAAAUUUAAACUUUAAAGUAGACUUGGCACUUUUUAUGUCUCUCAAUGCACGUAGUUUUACUUGUAUAUAAAGGGCCUCAUGCAUGGUCAUAUUAUACAAUCAUUCAAAGAACUUUCGGAGUUCAUUACUUUUAUCUUAUAACUUUGCACUAAAGUCUAAAAGAAAUUGUUAUAUUCAACCAUUAUGGCACCCCUAAGUAGGAACCUCGUUUUGGCAUUUUUGUGUCUUUUAUUAAGCUUUGUUUGCUUUAGCAAUGCUCAAUUGUCUGCCAAUUUUUAUGGGACGUCGUGCCGUAAUCUGCAGACAAUUGUGAGCAAUGUAAUGAGACAAGCUGUGAAUAGAGAGGCCAGACUUGGUGCCUCGAUUCUUCGUUUGUUCUUCCAUGAUUGCUUUGUUAAUGGGUGCGAUGCAUCAAUACUACUGGAUGACACUACAACAUUUACAGGAGAAAAGAAUGCAAACCCAAACAGGAACUCAGCAAGAGGAUAUGAAGUGAUAGACACCAUUAAAACUCAAGUUGAAGCUGCUUGUCCUAAUGUUGUCUCUUGUGCAGACAUUCUUGCUCUUGCUGCCCGAGAAGGAACUGCGCUGCUAGGAGGGCCAACAUGGGCAGUGCCAUUAGGCCGAAGAGAUGCAAGGACCGCAAGCCAAAGCGCUGCCAACACUCAAAUCCCCGGACCAACUUCCAGUCUUUCAACUUUGAUCUCUAUGUUCUCUGCUAAAGGCCUAAACGCCCGCGACAUGACAGCACUCUCUGGCAGCCACACGAUAGGCCAAGCCCGCUGCACCACUUUCAGAAACCGCAUCUACAAUGACACCAACAUCGACUCUCAAUUCGCUACCACGCGCAGGGCCACUUGCCCUGCUUCUGGUGGCGAUGCAAAUUUGGCACCAUUGGAUAUCCAGACACCGAAUCAGUUCGACAAUGAUUAUUAUCAGAACCUAGUGGUUCGACGUGGAUUGCUUCACUCGGAUCAGGAAUUGUUUAACGGUGGAUCUCAGGAUGCAUUGGUGAGGAGUUAUAGUACUAAUGAUGCGGCUUUUAGAAGUGAUUUUGCUGCAGCCAUGGUGAAGAUGGGGAAUAUUAGUCCACUUACUGGGACUAAUGGAGAGAUUAGAAGAAACUGCAGGGCUAUAAAUUAACUAAAUUAUACUAGUAAUUAAAUUGUCAUAUAUAGACUUUUACUACUAGUAAGUUGUAGAACUCCUUAUAAUUAUAUAAUUAAGAUUAACUUUGCAUGGUA